GGCAACCCUUAAGAUAAAACCUGAAUCUAAGUCCUCAAUUGUCAGUCCUAACCAGUCGCUGUCUCCUCCUACCCGUAACCUCUGCACAUAAAAUACACACCAUCAUGCCGUCAAACGACCCCAAAUACGACGAGAUGCACCAGCAGCUAUUCGAAGAGGGCCUGGAGAUGCGGAGAAGCGUCGUAGGCGACUCCUACGUCAACAAUGCCCUGGAGAACGGCUCGACAGAAUUCUCGCGAGCCGGUCAGGAGAUGGUCACAGAGUGGGCUUGGGGGUAUGCAUGGACACGCCCAGGUCUCGACAAGAAGCAGCGCAGCUUGAUCAACAUCGGCAUGCUGAUGGCGCUCAACCGCGCGCCUGAACUGGCCGUGCACAUUCGAGGUGCGAGGAACAACGGUCUGACUGAGCUGGAGAUCCGCGAGGCGAUCAUCCACGCGACGGUGUACUGCGGCGUCCCGGCUGGCGUGGAUGCAAUGAAGACCGCCGAGAAGGUACUGAACGACAUGGCAGAGAAGGGGGAGAUGCCACGAGAACUGGGAAACAGGAGUGAGAGAGCAGACAAGAAUGGGCAAUGAGGGUUGUUGUGCAGUUGGAAGUGCACAGGUGGGGC